UCUAUCCUGCUCCAACACUUCCUCACAGGUUUCUCCUGAGAGCAAGCUCUCAGCGACUCAUGUGAUGCUGAACCCCUGUGUAAGGCUCUGCUUCUGGGGAAGCCAACCUCAGGCAGGCCAUUGGAAACCAGGUAUUCUUUGGUUUAGAAAUUGGGGCUCAGGGAUCAGAGGACCAGAGGAUCAUUGUUCCUUCCAGCUCUGAAAGUGUCUAAAACGGUGUGAUUUACUCAAUCACACAAGUUAGUGGCAGAGCUGGUCCACAAACCAUGCACAGUCUGGAGGAACCAGGGUGGGGUGGGGCCUGCUGGUGAAUGUGGUGCAGAGGCCAAGGCCACAGCUGUGCUUUACCGGCAGUUGUGCUCCCAGAUCAAGCUUCAUCUCAGAGCCAGAUUUCACAUUGAGCAGCUGCAGACGGAGAAAUCAGAGAAAGCACAACCCAGCCCCAGAUUCCAAGGGGCCUGCUGGGGACUCUCUCCUUCUGCUCGAGAGGGAAAGACCCCGAGGCCACUGUCUCAGGCCAGAUCCUGGCUGCCAUGGGACUCGCAGCUACUGCCCCCCAGCUGCCCUCCACACUGCCAGGCAGAUAAGGGCAGGCGCUGCCCCAGGAGCACCUGCCGCCCCCUGCCGGGCCACUCCUCUGUGGUCAACCCUCCCCCAGCUUUGGGCCACCUUUGCUGACGCGAGGCCAUGUAGGCCCCACCUGGGCCUUUGUGGAUACACACACUGCUGGGGACACCGCCUCUGCUCUCUGGGGGACACAGCGUACCACCAUGCCCCGGGGAUUCGCCUGGCUGCACUAUCUCGGGAUCUUCCUUGCCAUGGCCUUGGGGAACGAGGGUUUGGAGAUGUGGCCUUUGACCCAGAGCGAGGAGUGUGCAGUAACUGGCUUUCUUCGGGACAAGCUUCAGUACAGGAACCGCCUUCAGUACAUGAAACACUACUUCCCCAUCAACUACAGGGUGAGCGUGCCUUAUGAGGGGGUGCUCAGAAUGGCCAACAUCACCAGACUGCAGAGGGCCCAGGUCAGCCAGCAGGAGCUGCGGUAUCUGUGGGUCUGGGUGAGCCUCAGUGCUACUGAGUCGGUGCAGGAAGUGCUGCUUGAGGGCCACCCAUCCUGGAAGUUCCUGGAGGAGGUACAUACGCUGCUGCUGGAUGUUCAGCAAGGCCUCACGGAUGUGGAGGUCAGCCCCAAGGUGGAAGCAGUGGUGUCGCUCCUGAGCACCCCCAGGUUGAGCCUGAAGCUGGUACGACCCAAAGCCCUGCUGGACAACUGCUUCCGGGUCAUGGAACUGCUCUACUGCUCUUGCUGUAAACAAAGUUCCGUCCUAAAUUGGCAGGACUGUGAGGUGCCGAGCCCUCAGCCCCACAGCCCGGAGCCCUCAUCGCAGUGUGUAGCUGCCCCGCUGUACCCUCUGCCCCAGCAGCCCCCCAUCUCCCUGCCCCGCUCCCCAGGACCCAAGACUGGACCCCCGGCUCAGUGAGGCGGCUGAGGGCACAGGGCAGAGGCCUCGUGCCCCACCUGGCCUGUGUGGUGACCUGUGUGGGACAGCUGGAGGUGCUCCCGCAGGAGUUUGGUGGAGUCUGAAACUUGUCUGGGGGAGGGGGUGGGGGAACCCCCAAGACAGUGUUUUUCCCUUGAGGGAGAUUCUGUGCCUGAGAAGGGCUCAGCUUCUUGCAUUCUGUACCUCACAGUCUCACCUGGAGCAGCCGGGGUCCAGAGCCCCCUGAAGGUGGACAGAGCUUGUCCCCUCCCUGCACCACCUGGGCUGCCUCGCUUGCCUGAAGGUGGUGCCCGGCGUGUCCUGAGGCCUGCAGAGGCUAGACCUGUGCCAGGUUGGGGGGUGGGUGGGCAUGGGGAAGGGGCAGAGCCAGACACCACAUCUUGCCACAGUGGAUGCUCUUCCAGUCCCUCUUAUAUUUUCUAUUAAACACUUGCUUGUUUUGUU